ACCUAAGCUUUGCGUCCUAGACACGCGCCUCUUGUGCCUACCCCUAGUUCCGGCCCUGGGUUGGUUGUUUAAAGGUCUGGACUGCAUGCAUGCCACGCCUCCUUUGGUCCUAGAGCCAAAUUAGGAGCAGUCCCAUCCCCCUCUAUAGUCAGCGGCCUCAUUAUAAAAGAUUACGUCAGUGUUUUAGGAGAGAUCUCGCGGUAAGAAUAGGUGGAAGACUCGCGAAAUGAAAGCAGGUUGCUAGGCUGCGGAGGGGAAUGCGGAAGGCUCGUGGGAUAUUUUUGCGAAACUCUCGCGAGUGUGGGUUGGGCCGCGCCAGGCUGGGUUGCUAGGCUGCUGGGUGGUGGGCGGAGCUAUGUGACACAGAUGGGCGGGAAUCUAGCAAUUUUUGCACCCCCUACCCGUACUCCUCCUCAAUCCGAGGCCGGAGGCAACUCAUCCCCCCGGGCAGGGGUCCCGGACCCUUCGUACGGAUUAGUGGAUCGAUUUAUUACCCACCGGACUGGAACAGCCUCAACAUUAUCGCCGCAUUGCCCCGUGCUCUCCGCUGAGUCUCCCGCAGCUUCCACCAUACGGACCGAACCUCUCGCAGGAACAGCCGCAGCGCACGCUUCUUGCCCUGGUGCUUUCUGUUGUGUUACAGAGUCCCAUACCUCUCUCUCAGGACCCACAGCUCCUUUUAGCCCCCCCCAUUCACAUUGGGUCCUUGGCCUUUGCUACAGUCAGUAUGAGGCUCCCUUUGUUACCGCUGGGGUUGCUUCGUUGGACAAUCCAUGGGAACUAAAGGAUUAUUCGGGAACCAGAACCCCCCUUGUAUCACCUGAUCAAGAACCCAGUUCCUCCCAGCUUACUGCAGAACUCGGCCCUUAUAUGAAGGUAAAAGACCUUGUGUGGACAGUAAUGACCGCACGCUUCCGAUUGCCUGCUGGCAGAACCUACAAUGUACGCGCGUCGGAGCAGGCACGGGACAGACAGAGCACAGAGGUGGUGUGCAACAUUCUUCUCCUGGAUAACUCUGUUCAAACUUUUCAUGUAAAUAAACACAACCACGGGCAGGUCCUUCUAGAUUUGGUCUUCAAGUUCCUUGAUCUGACGGAGCGAGAUUAUUUCGGGUUGCAGCUGGCAGAUGAUUCCUGUGACAAUCCUAGGUGGCUGGAUCUGAACAAACCCAUCAGGAAGCAGCUAAAAAGGGGAUCCCCUCACAACCUCAACUUCAGAGUCAAGUUCUUUGUGUCUGACCCCAGCAAGCUACAGGAGGAGUACACAAGGUACCAGUAUUUUUUACAGAUAAAACAAGACGUCCUGACUGGAAGGUUACCCUGUCCCUAUAACACAGCAGCCCUGCUCGCUUCCUACGCUGCUCAGUCUGAACUAGGUGACUACAGUCAUUUAGAGCACUUGCCUGGUUACCUUGCCGACUACUCCUAUAUCCCUGACCAACCUCUGGACUUUGAGAAAGAAAUAGCAAAGUUGCACCAGCAGAACAGAAGCCUGUCCCCAGCAGAGGCAGAAUUCAGUUAUCUGAACACUGCUCGCACGUUGGAACUGUAUGGUGUUGAAUUACACUACGCACAGGAUCAAAGUAACAAUGAAAUCCUGAUUGGUGUGAUGUCGGGUGGAAUACUGAUUUAUAAAAACAGGGUACGCAUUAACACCUUUCCAUGGUUGAAGAUUGUAAAAAUUUCAUUUAAGUGCAAACAAUUCUUUAUUCAGCUGCGAAAAGAGUUGCAUGAAUAUAGGGAGACGGUACUGGGGUUCAACAUGGUGAAUUAUCGUGCGUGUAAGAACUUGUGGAAAGCUUGUGUGGAACAUCACACCUUUUUCCGCCUCGACUCACCACUCCCCCCGCAAAAGAACUUCUUUGCACACUAUUUUACACUGGGAUCCAAGUUCCGAUACUGCGGCAGGACAGAAGUCCAGUCUGUGCAAUAUGGGAAGGAGAAGGCCAAUAAAGAUCGGGUGUUUGCCAGGUCCCCAAGCAAACCAUUAUCCAGGAAGCUGGUCAGUGAGAUGGACUGGGAGGUUGUGAGCAGAAAUUCUCUGUCUAACGACAGGCUGGAGACCCAGAGCCUGCCCUCUCGUUCCCCCCCAGGGACACCAAAUCAGCGGAAUUCGUCGUUCAUUCAGGAGCGAAGUCGCGUGCGCCCGUUCUCAGUGGGACACCUGGUUGACCGUAAGAUUCACACCUCACCUGGGGAGGUUUUUACUAACCAUCAAUCCCCAUCCUCAACCCAAGCCAACAGCAUCAUCCUGGACUCUCCGCUGAUCCAGGAAGUUGCUAUCAACACUCCUCCGCCGGCACUGCCACCCAAACAGUCCAAAAAGAACAGUCUGAACCAGAUUCACCUAUCCCACUCCCAGCAGGACCUGGACAACCAUAUAGAUGAACCAUUCGAAGCUCCUUGGUCUUCAGAGAACUCCACGCCAAACGGGCUUGUGCCUCACGACAAUCUGGUGCUGAUUAGGAUGCAACCAGAUGAAAAUGGCCGAUUUGGCUUUAAUGUGAAGGGUGGUUUAGACCAGAAGAUGCCAGUGAUUGUGUCCAGGGUGGCGCCAGGAACCCCGGCCGAUCUCUGUGUCCCACGUCUCAAUGAGGGGGAUCAGGUUGUACUGAUCAAUGGGAGAGACAUCUCUGAGCACACUCAUGACCAAGUGGUGAUGUUCAUUAAGGCGAGCUGUGAGAGGCACUCCCGGGAGCUUGUAUUGCUUGUGCGCCCCAAUGCUGUGUACGAUAUCGUGGAGGAGAGGCUAGAGAGUGAGCCAGACUUUCAGUACAUCCCAGAGAAGACGCCCAUGGAUGGGGUUCAUUCAGAUGAUGACACUCUGAGGGAGUCCAUGAUCCAACUGGCGGAAGGACUUUUUAAUGGGACGGUGCUGGCUCAGUUUGAUCAACUGUACCGCAAGAAGCCCGGAAUGACCAUGUCUUGUGCCAAAUUACCUCAAAAUAUUUCCAAAAACCGAUACAGAGACAUUUCGCCUUAUGAUGCAACACGGGUGAUUUUAGCAGGCGGUGACGAUUACAUUAAUGCCAACUAUAUCAACAUGGAGAUCCCUUCUUCCAGCAUCAUCAACCGUUACAUUGCGUGCCAAGGGCCCCUGCCCAACACCUGCCCUGACUUCUGGCAAAUGACCUGGGAACAAGGCUCCUCUAUGGUUGUAAUGCUCACUACCCAGGUGGAACGGGGGAGGGUAAAGUGCCACCAGUACUGGCCAGAGACCACAGGAAGUUCUGAAUUUGGGAAGUUCCAGAUAUCCUGCCAUUCUGAGGAAGGAAAUCCUGCUUAUGUUUUUCGGGAGAUGACGCUCACCAACCUGGAGAAAAAUGAAAGCCGUCCCCUUACCCAGAUUCAGUACACGGCGUGGCCCGACCAUGGGGUUCCCGAUGAUUCAAGUGACUUCUUGGACUUUGUGUCCCUGGUGCGCCAGAGGAGGAGUCAUCAUGAUGAGCCUGUGGUGGUGCACUGCAGUGCUGGCAUUGGCCGGACUGGAGUGUUGAUCACCAUGGAGACCGCAAUGUGCCUGAUGGAGUGCAGUCAGGCUGUAUACCCCUUGGACAUCGUAAGAACGAUGAGAGAUCAGAGGGCGAUGAUGAUACAGACACCGAGUCAGUACAGAUUCGUGUGUGAGGCAAUCCUGAAGGUGUAUAGAGAAGGCUUUGUACAACCUGCAAUGGCAUAAUUUCAUAAAUAGGGGGGCAUGCAGCCAUCUGGAUACAAGUAGCGUAGCCUUGCGCCCAGAAAGGAUCGGAGUGGCAUCUCUCAGGGCCCUGGAGCACCGACCCGCUUGACGGCACACGACCAGUUUCGGAUGAUCUGGCCCAAGAGUUCCAGGAGGAUUUGGAAGACUCAGCACUGUUGCACUUUAUGUUCAAAUGAAGAGAAUUAAGAAACUUGACAUUUUUCACGCCUUGGAAACAUUUUUGUUUUUGUAACUUUUUGCUCUCGUGCUUUUGCUUCAGAGAAAGCGAAUGAAUUUAUUUAUGUGACUGCUCUCACUGCACCGACACUCCCCCACUUACCCCUUCAGAAGGGGAGAAUAUACAUUUCACCAGCCUCAUGGGAUACCCCGUCGGCUUUUCUGUGUACUCAAAGAUCAUCGAUGUUAAGACUUCAACCCCCUGCUCUGCAUUAUCCUGGGGCAGCAGUGAAACAUUUGUCUCUUGGCCGCUAUAUUAUUUCAAGUGAUAUCUGGGUAACAAACACUGCGGCCUGUUUACUUGUGAGCAAUUUUGGGGAACUUUUGGCCGGAUGCUGUUCUGAGACCUAGCCAGGAGGGUACAUGUAUUAAUUAGCAACAUAGUCUUAAAAAACCCUCCAUCAGGCUAAAUAACAUAGUAGGAUCUUAAAUGAAACCUCCAUCUAGUCUAGCGCAAUGAUAGAGUAUUUCAUUGCAGUAGCGGUACCUAGAACUUGCUCCACAGUAGUUAAUCGGGUCAGUCUGGCUCUGUAAAGAGUCCAGCAGAGCAUCACGCAUGAGGCUUCAAUAAUGAUAGCAGAAAGGUUGACUGAGUCCUUUGUUUAUGUCUGAAAAGGUACUGUCUGUCUAGUCCAUACACACACAAGCCCACAGGGUUGGCAUCUUUGUUCCAUUGCCUUGAGCCCAGGAUUAGAAUCACAUCCCUCGGGGCCCUGGAGCACUGACCCACUUGGUGGCACACAAUCAGCUUUGGGUUAUCCAUGCUAUCUAACCAUUUGUGAACAGAAUGGCAGCAGAUAUUUCUGACCCCCGCCUGGGUAUGUUCCAGUAUCCGUAUAUAUACAUAUAUAUCAUUGCUGUUGCAGCAGAUGGUUCCAAAUUGCUGAUCCAAGUGACUAUGUUUUGCGUGUGUCGAUCUUAUCGUUAAGCAUGUCCAUGUACAGUGAGUUCUACCCCCCGGCCCAGCCCACACACCUCCGUUCUUACUAUUCUUGUGCUGUAUGUGUUAUUCUUGCAGUUGCGUCGUGAACAGACUUUCCACUUGGUAAAGAAACAAACAUUGUCCUGCCAAGAGUCCAACUGCCUGCAUCUUGGGACGGACUAAACCCAUCCUGGAACCCUCAGUAGAACUGGAUGUUUCGUUGUCCGGAACCGGUCCAGCCAUUGACGAGCACCAACUUAAUUUCUUGAUAUGGAACUGAUUUCGAACUAUUCUCCACAAACAAAUCUGUUCUCUAAAUUUCCAAUUGGUCAAAUAUAGCGGUACCAGCCCGGUGUUCCGUCCUGGUAAACAUCCAGUUUUGCUCUGUGGUACAACACAUACUAACACUGCCAUUCUCUCUUCUAUGGUCCAGUAAACCAGGUAUUUCACGGCUUGAAAAUGUGAAUUUUAUCAUGAAAAAAAAGAAUGUUUUAUAUGCACAGCUACUAAUGAGAUGUGGAUAUAUUUCUGAUUAAAAAGAAACAUUAAAGUGUG